AACUUCUUUCAGCGGCAGUCUGGCUCUGCUACCAGUGGUGAACGCUAGGUACGCGUAUACCUUUAUUCUGACGUUGACACAUGUGCGAUAUCCGAACUGUUGUUUGUGAGCCGAUCUUGUGUUGUUCGUGAUUCACCUGCCAUUUUAGACUUGGAUUACACUUAUCAGACCCGAAGGACCAACAAGAUGAUGAAACACGUGCAGCUUUCUCCAUACAGGAGUAGAGCAGAUACAGUUUCCCUCAGUUCGACAACUUCCUAUGGAAGCUUAAGUCCAGAACCACUAGGAAGUCGAUCAUCUAGUUAUUCUUCAUUAAAUGAAUCGACAAAUAAUCUACAGACAACCAUCAAAAUUUACGCACGCUGUUUGAGGUCUGACAUCGAGUACAAAACUUUGUCGAUAACCUUCCAGAGUACUUGUAAAGAAGUUGUUGGCAUGUUACUUGGAAAGUACAAGAUGAAGCACAGAGAUCCUAAAUUGUUCUAUCUGAGUAUGGAAGUGACAGUUAGAAAGGCUGGAGUUCGAACGAUUUUGGCCCUUGACGACGAAGCUAGACCAGCAGCAUUGCAACUUUGCCACCCCAAAGGAGACUCAAAAUUUUCUCUACAAACCAGGAGAGGUGGUUUGGUGAAAAUAUAUGAUUCAGUGUUGAACAGCAACUCCCAAUACAAGUGCCUUUUGGUUAGUGCCAAAACAUCUUCAGACGAAUUGAUCGCUCUUUUGCUCAACUGUUAUAAUAGCAAGGAAAGAGUUGAACAGUUUUCUCUCUACGAAGUCAAUACCGACAAAGAACAGCAAAGAAAGCUGCACCCCGACGAUAGACCACUUUUGGUACAACAGAUGUGGAUACCAAGUCACAAAUGUCAUUUCCUGCUCAGGAGGAAUCCUGAUUACCUUCCCCUAUCCAGAAGAAAGAUAUUCUGGAUAACAGACCCACCUGUACCAAACAAAAUGGUUCAAUCGACGCCGCAUCUUCUCCAAUUAUCAAAAGCUCCUGCAGCGACCACACCAGAGAAAAAACCAGAAGAAAAAUCAAAAUCUACAAAUUCCAGUCCAAAACAUCGAGAAUAUUACUUAACACAAAAUAAAGACUUAAAAAUUUUUGGAAGUAGUAGUCAAUUGACAAACAGAAAUGGUACACCAUCUUAUGCAGACUACGAAAAUUAUUUUUACAUAUAGACUUUAUCGAUUUUUUAACAAUCUGCGACUGUACAUAUUUCAAGCCGUCUCGUAAUAACUGAAAUUGUUCAAUUUGUAGAUAAUGUGUGAAUUCUAGUUCUUGUAUAAAUGUUUAUUGUUAAACCAAAGAUUAGUAUAUAACUGCUAAUUUUGAAUAUGAGUUUCUGGUAGCUGUAAGUUAUAAUCGAAUUUUACUGUUGUUUUGUUUCCUUCGACUUGAACACUUCUUGCUUUUAUUCGUGUACAUAUUAUAUUGUAAUUUACUGCAUCACAGUUAUCAUUCGAAGAAAGAAAUUAUAUAUUAAAUGUCUCUUAAAUAUGAGGAAUCAAGUCCCAGAUAAGUCGCUGGGAUAGCGUAUUGAAAUUUUUUUUUUCAAUAAUAAUUUUUUAUUAUUGUGCAAUUGUAUGAAUAUUUAUAAUUGAAAUGAACCAAAGAAUUCAUAUGUAAAUAAGAUUUAUGACUUUUAUCCUAAAAAAUAAAUUUAAUAGAUAUAUCAAUAAAUGAUUUAAGUUU